GAACAGUGGAACCGACCGCGGCGACGCUCCGAUAAUGGCCUCACUUCCUGAGCAGCUGUGACCCGAUAACCUCACUCAUCAAAAAUGUCUUAUCACUCGACUAUUCCCAGUCUCUCACUGACCGAACCGAUGCAGCUCUGGGAUAGUUAUCAGUCGUGGACAAAACCCGCACGCGUCCUCACCUAGUCGUCUAAGCGUCAAAAAUACACUAAAAGUUUCCUGUAUGGGAUGAUGAGUGUUUGUCGCAAGUUACAAUGGGCGAUCUAUUCCCGAGUAUACCGAAGAGUACUUUCGCGAGUGUCACAGAGGGGGGGAAUUAUAGUGGGGGUAGAAUUCUGGGACUGGACGAGUACAGAUCGGACGCGGAGUUGGCUGACGUGGAGCUCUUCAAGGAUUACCCGGAGCCUCUGCUGAGAUUCGCUUCGGCAUGCUGCGUACUUUUUAUGCUGGUCGGUAUUCCUGGAAACCUGAUUACUAUCAUCGCCCUCGCACGAUGUAAAAAGGUGCGAAACGCUACAGCGGUGUUUAUUAUGAAUCUAUCGUGCUCUGACCUUCUGUUUUGCUGCUUCAAUCUACCACUUGCUGCAUCAACCUUCUGGAGGCGAUCGUGGGCCCAUGGGAAAACUUUAUGCAGAAUGUUUCCAUUGGCGCGAUACGCAUUGGUGGCUGUAUCACUCUUCACCGUUUUAGCUAUCACUAUCAACAGAUACGUAAUGAUCUCUCAUCCAAGGCUAUACCCCAAGUUGUACCGUCGUAAAUAUUUGGCGAUUAUGGUGGGAAGCACCUGGGCAUUCUCCUUCGGAGCCCUUAUAGCGACGUGGUUAGAAAAAUGGGGACGUUUCGGCCUUGACCCCUCAAUCGGCUCGUGCUCUAUACUUCCAGACCGCAAUAAUCGAUCUCCGAAGGAAUUCCUGUUUGUCGGCGCUUUCAUGCUUCCUUGUCUAGCCAUCGUGAUUUGCUAUGCCAGGAUAUUUUGUAUAGUACGCGACGCAGCGAGAAAGUCCCGGGCACCGGUUCGUCGGACCAGACCUGCUCUAGAAGAUUCUGCCGUUGGGUCGGCAUCGACAGCCUUAGAGCGAUCACCCGGACCGGAAAACGGAGUUACGCACCACAAUCAUAAUUCGGCACCUAAACGAGCGUUACUUGCACCCCCAGCCCUACACUAUCCUCCAACACCAGGACCAGAACGGUCUUCCUCCUCGGGCGUAGAUACUCUAGAUGGACACGACGAAGAAUGCGCCCUCGAUGCCAAACCCCGAACACCGAGCGGCAGUGAAACUUCGAAACGGCUCAAACAAGCUGCGACCGCUCUUAAAAAAUCGCCAGCCUCAGUGCGACCGCCUCGUCUAACAACCAAAGACAGGAAACUUCUCAAAAUGAUCAUGGCGAUUAUGUUAUCGUUCUGGGUGUGCUACCUACCAAUAACAUUGACGAAAAUAUUUCGAGAAUUCACAUCGCAUCCUGCCGCGAACAUCGCCGGCUACAUCCUAAUAUACCUAACAACGUGCAUCAAUCCUAUAAUAUACGUAGUGAUGUCCAGUGAGUACCGUCAGGCGUACAAGAACCUGCUUAUGUGUCGUCGCUGGGCGUGACGCUCACCCGG